AUGGACGCCCCCACCGCCGCCGUUGUUUCUGUUAACGGGAAGAUGGGGCUAGAGGAGAGGCAGGCGCAGAAGAGCUACUGGGAGGAGCAUUCCAAGAACCUCACCGUCGAGGCCAUGAUGCUGGACUCCCGCGCUGUCGAUCUCGACAAGGAGGAGCGCCCCGAGGUCCUGUCUUUGCUUCCUUCAUAUGAAGGAAAAUCUGUGCUGGAGCUUGGUGCUGGAAUAGGCCGUUUCACUGGAGAACUCGCUAAAACAGCUGGGAAUAUUCUUGCUCUGGAUUUUAUUGAAAGUGCAAUUAAAAAGAAUGAAAGCAUUAAUGGUCACUACAAGAAUGCAUCCUUUAUGUGUGCUGAUGUGACAUCCCAGGACCUGGUGCUUCAAGCUAACUCCAUCGAUCUGAUAUUUUCAAAUUGGUUAUUGAUGUAUCUUUCAGAUGAAGAGGUUGAGCAGCUAGUUCAAAGAAUGGUAAAAUGGUUGAAUGUUGGUGGCUAUAUCUUCUUUAGGGAAUCUUGCUUCCAUCAAUCUGGAGAUUCAAAAAGGAAAGUUAAUCCGACACACUAUCGGGAACCAAGUUUUUAUACUAAGGUUUUCAAAGAGUGCCAUAGCUUUGAUCAAGAUGGGAAUUCCUUCGAACUUUCUCUGGUUACUUGCAAGUGUAUCGGUGCUUAUGUUAAAAACAAGAAAAACCAAAACCAGAUAUGUUGGCUAUGGCAAAAGGUUCAUUCUACAGAAGAUAAGGGAUUUCAAAGAUUUUUGGACAAUGUGCAGUACAAAACUAGCGGAAUAUUACGUUACGAGCGCAUCUUUGGAGAAGGUUAUGUGAGCACUGGUGGAAUUGAGACUACAAAAGAAUUUGUGGAUAAGUUGGAUCUCAAACCUGGACAUAAGGUGCUUGAUGUUGGAUGUGGAAUUGGGGGAGGUGACUUUUAUAUGGCCGAAAACUAUGAUGCUCAUGUUGUUGGUAUUGAUCUUUCCAUAAACAUGGUAUCAUUUGCACUUGAGCGUGCCAUUGGGCGCAGUUGCUCAGUUGAGUUUGAAGUUGCUGAUUGCACCACGAAGACAUACCCAGACAACACAUUUGAUGUCAUAUACAGCCGUGAUACUAUCCUUCAUAUACAUGACAAACCCUCUUUGUUCAAAAGUUUCUUCAAAUGGCUGAAGCCUGGGGGCAAGGUCCUUAUCAGUGACUACUGCAGGUUUCCUGGGAAACCAUCAGAGGAAUUUGCAGCAUACAUCAAGCAGAGAGGUUAUGACCUACAUGAUGUGGAGGCUUAUGGACAGAUGCUGAAGAGUGCUGGUUUCCGUGAUGUCAUUGCUGAAGAUCGAACUGAUCAGUUCCUUGGUGUUUUAGAGAAGGAAUUAGCUAAAUUUGAAAAGAACAAGGAUGAUUUCCUGUCUGACUUCACCCAGGAGGACUAUGAUGAUAUUGUGAAGGGUUGGAAGACAAAACUGCAGAGGAGUUCUGCUGGUGAGCAGAGGUGGGGGCUGUUCAUCGCCACCAAAUGA